AUUCAAAACUAGGCGGCACUGGAAGCGGCGGUGACCGGCGGUUCCGAGUCCCGUCACCACUGCCCCCGUCCCCUAAAACGCUACUUAAGUCGAUCCCCCCUCUCUCUUUCAAUCUCGCUCCCCGGCCGCCGAUUCCCUCUCCCGUCUCCCUCACGCUCUCUCCGAAGUCGAAGGCGACGACAAAAAAGAGGAGAGACGAGGAUGAAUCAGGGCUUGGGAACCAUGGUGGACGCGGGGGAAGGGUUCUGGAUCCGGACGGUAGCUUUCCCAGACGCGGUGGUGCGAUCAAGAUCAAGGCGUGAGCAGAGCUUGGUGUUCACCACCGACGACAAGGAGAACAUCCCCCCGUCACUGGUGGUGACAGCUCGACGCCGUGUCGGGAGAAGGAAGAGUCCUCUACCGAGUUGGUACCCUAGGACACCUCUCCGUGACGUUACGGUGGUCGUCAAUGCCUUGGAGAGGAGAAGGAUGCGUGCGACUGCAGCGAGGGUCAAGCGGAGGAACAGAAACCGUGAAAUGAAAGAGCCGGAUCAGACAUCACUCGGUGAAGCCCUCUCAUCCGAUGUUUCUGAUGCCUGGUAUGUUUCUCCAAUCGGACAUUCGCUCCAAAGCCCUUCCUCCGGCCUGGUUUCCGUCUCAACCGAUCCAUCGACAGAAGACAUGAGACCUACUGAAUUCGAGGAGAGGCUGCAAAGCACCAUUGCAGAGAUGGAAAGGCUCGUGCUGAGGAACCUGAAGAGGUCGCCGGAACCGCAUGCGAAGAUGAAGAAGCCCACACGCACUCUCCUGUCGAUGCGGUGAGUGAAACAUUUCGUUUCACCACGAUGCGAUGGGUAAAGCCAGCAACUCUGCUGCCCAUGGAGAUCCACAUGGUCUGGGACACUGCUGCUGGUUCAUCUCUUUGUUGAUCUCCUCGUGAGGAACGCUCUUCGAUCAUGCUUCCCGCUACAACUACGACAAACUUAUCUCGUUCUUGGCGUGGCGUCCGAUCCGGACGCCGGCCAUCGUGGAAUCAAUCUCGCAUAUGGGGUCAAAGGUCAUUUGAUUUAAUUUGUUCGGCUUGGAUCAUUACCAUCCAAAGCUCUUCUUAGUGUCUUC